AUGGCCUCAAUCUACAACUUCAAGCGGAUAGCGCCGGUGCCUGAGGCCAGCGACUUCCUGGACAUUGUGCUGUCAAAGACGCAGCGCAAGACGCCGACGGUGAUCCACCCGGGCUACAAGAUCAGCCGUAUCCGUAACUUUUACAUGCGCAAGGUCAAGUUCACACAGGAGUCGUUUGACGAGAAGCUGCGGCAGAUUCUGGAGGAGUUCCCGGUCCUCGACAACGUGCACCCGUUCUAUGCCGAUCUGAUGAACGUACUGUACGACAAGGAUCACUACAAGCUUGCGCUGGGCCAGAUAAACACGGCCAAGCAUCUCAUUGACGCAGUGGGCAAGGACUACGUGCGCCUGCUCAAGUUUGGCGACUCGCUGUACCGCUGCAAGCAGCUGAAGCGCGCCGCCAUGGGCCGCAUGGCGACGAUCAUGAAGCGCCAGAAGGACUCGCUGAGCUAUCUGGAGCAGGUGCGCCAGCAUCUGGCCCGUCUGCCGACGAUCGACCCGAACACGCGCACACUGAUCGUGUGCGGCUACCCGAACGUGGGCAAGUCGUCGUUCAUGAACAAGGUGACGCGGGCCGACGUGGACGUGCAGCCGUAUGCAUUCACCACCAAGUCGCUGUUUGUGGGCCAUAUGGACUACAAGUACCUGCGCUGGCAGGAGCGCAACACGAUUGAGAUGCAGUCGAUUACUGCUUUGGCGCAUCUGCGCGCCAGCGUGAUGUUCUUCAUUGACCUGUCGGAGCAGUGCGGCUACUCGGUCGCCGAGCAGAUGAGCCUGUUCCACUCGAUCAAGCCGCUGUUCGCCAACAAACCCACGCUGCUGGUUGUCUCCAAGAUCGACACCUGCACGCUUGACGACAUCAAGCCCGAGGAGCGCCAGCUCGUCGAGGCGGUCCGGGAGGAGGGCAUCGAGAUCACACAGCUCAGCUCGUACCUCGACCAGGGUGUCAUCGAGACCCGCGACCUGGCGUGCGACAAGCUGCUGCAGCAGCGCGUCGACAUGAAGCUCAAGGGCCACAAGGUCUCGAGCGUGCUCAACAAGCUGAAUGUCGCCCAGCCUGGCCGCCGCGACACAGUUGAGCGCCCGGCCUUCAUCCCCGAUGCCGUGCAGAAGCGCCGCAAGUACAACCCCGAGGACCCCGACCGGCCGCGUCUCGAGCGCGACCUGGAGGCCGAGGGUGGAGGUGCUGGCGUCUUCAAUGUCGACCUUAAGAAGCACUACAAGCUCAGCAACGACGAGUGGAUGUACGACGUCAUCCCCGAGAUCAUGGACGGCAAGAACGAGAAGCUGGCCGAGCUCGAGCGCGAGGAGGAGAAGCUGGCUGCCGAGGGCCUGUACGACUCGCUGUCGGAGGAGGAGGACGAGGAGGAGGCCCGCAUCAAGGACAUUGCCCGCCGCAUCCGCGAGCGGAAGAAGGUCAUUGCGGUCGAGAACCGCAUGAACAAGGCCAACAAGGCCCAGCUCACCACCAAGCAGAAGGCCACGAUUGCCGGCACCGACGACUUUGUCGAGCACCUGCAGGCCCUCGGUCUUGACCCGAGCGUCGCCGAGGAGCGUGCCCAGGCCGUUGGCCGGAAACGCGGCCGGUCCGAGUCUCGCGACCCGGCCGUCCAGUUGGCUCGCUCGUCGAGCCUUGCUGCCCGUGCCGUGUCCACCCAGCGCGACCGCUCGACCAUGGGUCUCAGGGAUGUGCGCCAGAAGGCCGUUGCCGAUAAGAUGAAGGCCAAGUCUACUCGCAAGAUGAACGUCAUGGCCCGUGCUGGUGAGGCCGACCGCGCGAUUGCCUCCAAGAUGCCCAAGCAUCUGUUCACAGGCAAGCGUGGCGUUGGCUCCAACGACCGUCGCUAA